AGCUUCACUUCUCCAUACGAAGCGCGACAGAAAACCUCUUAAUAGCCCCAAAACAGAUUCCCAGAUAUGCCCGCCACGAGAGCAUCAGAUCAAAGUGACCGGAGCUCCGAUCUCCGGUCACCGCUGAUAGAAUCGGGAAAGGAAUCCGAUCCCAAAUCGGAACCCCAGAAGAUCUGCAUCGACGACAUGCUGCAGAGGCACUGCGGCGAGUUCGGGCCGUGGCAGCUGAAGCACUUCGUGCUGACGAGCCUGGCUUGGGCUCUGGAGGCCUUCCAUACCAUGGUCAUGAUCUUCGCCGACCGCGAACCGGCUUGGAGGUGCACGACCUUGUCGGGCUGCGACGCCACUGCCAGAAGCGUCUGUGGGCUCGAACCGGGCUCGUGGGAGUGGGCCGGUGGCUCGGGAAGCUCGACAGUGGCGGAGUGGGCGUUGGUUUGUGGAGAGAAGUACAAGGUUGGGCUUGUCCAGGCCUUGUUUUUUUGCGGCUGCAUGAUAGGUGCCGGGAUAUUUGGGCAUCUUUCGGACUCCUUCCUGGGAAGAAAAGGCUCUCUAACAGUAGUUUGCAUCUUAAACGCCAUCUUCGGUUGCUUGACGGCAUUUUCCCCGGACUACUGGACAUACGUCGUACUCCGCCUCCUAACCGGUUUCAGCACAGGCGGCGUCGGCCUUUGCGCUUUCGUCCUAGCCACCGAACCCGUCGGACCCACUAAGCGUGGGGCUGCCGGAAUGUCCACAUUCUACUUCUUCUCAACCGGAAUCGCUUUGCUCUCCGGCACAGCCUACGUUUUCCGAUCAUGGCGCACUCUAUACAUUGCUUCCUCCAUUCCCUCCCUUCUCUUCCUCGUCGCCGUCCUCCCUUUCAUCUCCGAGUCUCCGAGAUGGUACCUCGUUCGAGGAAAAGUAAAGGAGGCGAUGAAUCUCAUGCACUCCAUCGCUAAAUCCAACGGAAAAAACAUUCCCGAUGGUGUUAUGUUGGCGCUAGACGAUGAAGCAAAUAACUGUUCAAGCUAUGACGAAUUAGAAACCAAAGAAGCAAUCAGUGGGUCUCUAGUAGAUGUUGUUCGGUUAAAAAUCACUCGGAUCCGUCUGUUUCUCGUCGUCGCCAUUAAUUUCUUGUGCUCGGUUGUGUAUUACGGUCUUAGCCUUAACGUUGUCAACCUUGAAACAAAUCUGUACCUCAACGUGCUCCUCAACGCGGUGGCGGAAAUGCCAGCUUUCACAAUCACGGCGGUUUUGCUGGACAGGUUUGGGAGGAGGCCAUUGACAAUAGGGACGUUAUGGUUUAGUGGGGUUUUCUGUCUUUUGGGGAGCUUGGUGGGAAACGUGGGGAUGUGGAAGGUGGUGAGGAUGGUUUGUGGGCUUUUGGGGAUCUUCGGGAUGGCUGGGACUUACAACUUGCUGUUUAUAUACGCGGCGGAACUGUUUCCGACGGUGGUUAGAAACGCGGCGCUAGGAUGUGCAACACAGGCGGCGCAAAUGGGGGCGAUAUUGGCACCGUUUGUGGUGGUUUUGGGUGGUGGGUUGCCGUUUCUGGUGUUCGGAGUUUGUGGUACUGUGGGAGGGAUACUUGCGUUUUACUUGCCGGAGACGUUAAAUAAACCUUUGUAUGACACUAUGGAAGGAAUGGAGGAUAAGGAAAGCGCCAAUUGCACAACUGUUUGAUGAUGUUUACUCUUUCUUUUCUUUCUUUUCCUUCAAUUCUCUGCUUUUACGGGAUUAAGCAUGUAUGUCUCUCUUAACCGCAGGUUUAUCUUCUUGGUGUGUGUGUGUAAUAUCUUGUGUUUCCCGUCCCCAACUAUUGAUCACCGAUUGAGUCUCUGAUUAAAAUCGCCUAAAAUUCUUCAAUUUCA